CGAUUCAAGCCCUUCUUAGACUUGACACAUUAAUAAUUGUUUCACUUUACUUAAAUAUUUUUAUUUAAGAAAUAAACCUAAGUAUAGUUCAUUAGUGUAACACAAAUUACAUUAAUCAAUUCACUUAUUAAAUGUAUUUAAGACAGAGCAACUCAAAAUGAAUUGUUUUCAUUUGGGACCGCCCCUUUGCACAUCACCUUUGCGCAUGCACAAAAUCCGUUCUGUCAUUUGCCGCCUUUUGUCUAACACUGACUGUGGAAACUGACUGGGGAAACUGACGGUGGAAAGUCUAUUAUUUGUUUGAUCAGCAUUAACAAGCAUCUUGGGGCAACCUCUUAUUUAUGGUUAUGCAUGUGGCAGUGCAAACACUGCAGUUUGGAACUAGCUAGCAGGUGUCCUUGAACAUAUUGAAACGCAACAGCGGCUAUUGGCUGUUCCCCAAGAGUACAGAACUGUAAGAGACGAUUAAAAGGUGUUCCAUAAUGGCAGGUCGGGCGCUUCUGCGCAUCAUCUUUGCCGACCAGUCUGACUCUAGAAAACUGACCCUGGAUUCGGGAAUCCCAGCAACAGUUGAAGAACUGCACACAUUUGUCAAGACAUCUCUUCAAUUGAAAGAGGACUUCCGUCUGCAAUACAUGGAUGUUGACUUUAACGAGUUCAUGAAUCUUACAUCAGUGUCUGAAAUUCAGGAUAAAAGCACACUGAAAGUAAUUUACUCUCCUAUAUUGUCAAAUAUUGAGCCCUCCAUCACUUUGUACACAGUUGACUCAUUUGAUAAGACCUCAAUUACUGGAAGCUCAGAGCCUCUAAUCCCUGAAUCAUCAAUAGCCUCAUGCUGCAGUGAUGAUAUGGUGUAUACGUCAACCCCGCAUCCAUCCCCUGAAGCUCAGGCCUCACAAUUGUUAUCCUGGCCCACAGUUUUUGUGGUUCCUAAGCUCACCUACGAGGCUGAAUUUGAGCUUCAUCUAAAGAAUGCAGAGUUUGAGACAACUGGUACAUACUUCCAGCCUGGCCUAAAGCUGAAAGGAGUCAUUCUUGAUGGCCUAGCCCAAGAAAUGAUCAAAUUCACAAAAUAUCCGAAAGACUAUCAGUGUGAAGAGGUAGCUGCAGCGUUGACGAGGGCCCACCCUUGUUUGGGGCAGCUAGGAUCCAAGACAGGAUUUGGGGGGUGGAAACAGUCUCUUAAGUACAAAAUGCAAAACUAUCGUACAAAGCUUGGCCGUCUUGGACAUCCUGAAAUCCUUGUGAACUCCUUAAAGCACAAGAAAACAGGCCAAGGCAAAGCUGCAGCAAACAUAAAAAAAACAAGAAAAGCUGAAGUAAACUACAUUCCUCUGCACCCAAAAGGCGAAACCACAGAAAGCUUGGAGAACGAGAGAAUUGCCUUAUUGUCAGAACUGAAAAAGCGUGACAAUGAAGUGGUGAUAAAAGCAAAAAUGGAAAAAACCUUCUCCCACAGACGCCUUGAGAUUGUGGAGCAAAGGCCUUUGAUAGGGGACUUCAAAUGCAGAUGGCCUGCUCUGUUUCAGCAGAGUGAAGUGAAUGCGGAGUUUUUGAGGAUCACAACAUCACCACUUCAAUCAAAGUUCAUGUGGCAGCUGGACCACUUCUCAGACAAGCUCUUGAAGAUCUUCAAGACCAAAGGAGGAGUGAAGGGGCACAAAAUCAAGGAAGCCCUUGCAAUAUCAGAUUCGUUUGAAAACAUCCACAUCAAGAGGGGGUGCAUCCUGCGAAGCAUCGCGAUCUACCUCAACGAGGAUCCAGACUCUUUUUUUAAGGAGUAUCAGGCCUCUGCCUCUGAAGAUGCCAAGAGGGACAUGGCAAACACAGUCAUGGGCAUAUACACACUUCAAAGAGAUGUGGAUGGGCAGCCAGAGGACGUGGGAAUUGUCAUCGAAGGCAAUAUAGUCAUGGACAACUUGGGCAGCGUGAUUGUGGGGUUUGUCAUGCUAUUGGGACUUAUUUAUGCCCUGGAUUUGAGCUUUCCGGACAACCUCAAACACACCUUCGAGUUCAUGCAGAAGGUAGUGAUGAAUCUGGAUGGGCACAAGCUGAAUGGUAAAAUCGAAAGUCUGAAGAUCAAGUUGUUCGAUUGAAAUGUGAAAAAGAAGUGACUCAUGAGUUCAUUGUUGUCAUUUUAUUCACGAGUUUCCUAGUCAGAGCAGAUUGAGCCGUUAUAUCAAUCAUUUGUUCUGUGCUUUUCUGUAUUUGUUUCAACACACUGUAACACUAUUUCCAUAUGUUGGUGUUUGCAGUGCACUCUUUAUGUUAUGUGUUAUUGUCCUGUUAGAAGAGCAGUGCAUACCCCUGUUAUAUUGUAUUCAUUGUAUUUGGCAAAGGGAGAUUUGUAAGUUAAUUAUAGGAGUUCCAUUUCUCUGCCAUUUUAAAAAUGGUAUUAUCUUUCAGAAAUGUUUUUCAUCUUUCAGUGUGAAUUCAUUCAUUUUAAAAAGACUGUAUUGAAUGGAGGAUUGUUUUGAAUAAUGUGAAUUUAAAAAUAAAAAAAACUAAACCAUGUUUU